AUAGGCAGGUUGCUGCCACGUAAUAGUGGAUCAAUACAAAUCUCGCGUAUCCUCAAAUGCAAGUAUUUCAACGCCAAAUUAUUGAAAUUAUUGUGAUAUAUAAGUAUUCUCACUUGUCUGUGUGAUAAUUGAACAAUUGUUCGUGUAGAAACUAGUGUGUUUUGAGUAUGACUAGCUGUAAUGUUUUAAGUUUGGGCGCCCCUAGACGCUUACAACUGCCCCUCUCUUUGCUUCUCUAGUGUUGUCUGGCGACCAUUUUGAUCUCUGGCUGGCCAGACUGACAUGAAGCACUAGUAAAAUGCGCGACCCCGCCCCCUCCGAGCCGAAAUUUACAUUUCCUACCUUUGAAGUGCCUCAAGCGUCAGCCAUGAGGGGCCGCGCACCCCCAGUACAAGUCGCUAGGGCAGCUGGGGAGGAUCGAGCCUGCCUCCCGAGCACACCCUUCGCCUCACUCGGCGCUUAUUCUGUGAUAAAUGGCUCAAGUUGCCCGACUGGUGGUAACUCUAAUCUUAGGAUGCAAUCUGUGACCGAUAAUUGUCUUCUGAACUCUGUUACCGUACCAAAAAUACAACGUAACGACCAUACGGCGGUCGCACACAAUAAUAGCGAUAAGUUAGAAAGUAAGUUUGGUGCUUUACAAUUCUUAUUUGGACAAGACAUUCCCAACGAAAAGUCUGAAAACCUCAAUGGUGACCUCAUUGAACUGAACCUCACAAAAAACAAUACUAGUUCUAAUUGCAAUUCGAACGCCACCGACGAAAGCUACAGUCUCGAAAGGCUCAUCAGAUUAAGUCAGCGCACACGAGAGCUCGAAAGAUUGGGUUACGCACUGCCUCUACGAUUAUGCGGCGGAGGCGAAAGCUCCCUCAGUACCGGUACGUCCGGUUGGGGCAGCCCGCCGUCUCAACCGGCCAGUAACACCAACGCAAAUAGCUCGACUGGAUGGGGUAACGCAAAUGCUGCCAACGCUAACAGUACGGGAACACAACAGUGGAGCAAUAGCAACCGCGCUACUAACGCCGGACCUGGCCCCCAACCUCAAGACGGAAAUAAGUCUAUUCCAAAUUUACAACAAAACGGCCAGCAGCCUGCGACAUCACAAUCGAACAACCCAGGAUGGGGACCCGGCAACAAACCGGCAGUCAGCAACACCACGAAUCCUGUCUCUACAUCUCAGCCGAGCGUCGCGAAUCCUCCUCACCCCACCAACUCGACCAAGCAGCAGUUGGAGCAGUUAAAUAACAUGCGUGAGGCCAUUUUUAGUCACGACGGCUGGGGUGGCCACAUAAAUCAAGACACGAAUUGGGACAUUCCCGGCAGUCCGGAACCUCUGAUGAAAAUUGACGGAGGCGGCACCGCCCCACCGUGGAAACCGAACAUUAACAAUGGGACCGAACUUUGGGAGGCGAAUUUACGCAACGGCGGGCAACCGCCGCCGCAGCCUCAGCAAAAACCGUGGGGUCACACGCCGGCAACCAAUAUCGGGGGCACGUGGGGAGAGGACGACGAUGCUGCGGAUAGUUCGAACGUGUGGACCGGUGUACCUGCCACGCAACAGCAGUGGGGAAAUAAUGCCACUACUGGUGCAGGUACCGGCGGAACUGGUGGUGGAGCUAUGUGGGGAGCACCCAAAAAAGAAACUGAGUGGGCUACUGCAACUGCAGCGGGAUGGGGAGAUCCGCGUUCCGCUGAUCCACGAACGACCGGCAUGGAUUUGCGCGACAUGAGACCAGAUUUACGAGACAUUCGAAGCAACAAUACCGAUCCGAUGCGAAUGCUAGAUCCGCGAGAGCAAAUGCGCCUUACGGGCGGCGACAUGCGAGGAGAUCCGAGAGGUAUAACCGGACGACUUAAUGGCGCGGGUGCAGAAGCGUUCUGGGCUCAAGCGGGUCCUCAAGCUUCUGCCCAUCACAUGCAUCAUCAGGGAAAAAUACCCAUGGUUCCGGGAGGUGGCAAUCCGGCGGGCUGGGAGGAACCUUCGCCCCCCGCACAACGACGCACAAUGCCCAAUUACGACGACGGUACCUCUUUGUGGGGAAAUCCGCAGCAAGGGUCACACUGGAAAGAUCUUCCAACUACGGCGAAUAUGGCACGGGGUGCCGGAGGUCCACCCGGUAUGCCUCAAGCUCGAAUGAAACCGGACGGUUCGGUUUGGAGUCACGGUCGAAAUGGUUCGUGGGACGAAAGCGGACCCGCAUGGGAUGACAGUAACGCGCCGUGGGGCAAACAAAAACCUAUGGUGGGCGGACCCCUUUGGGAAAACGAAAUUGACUGGAAUCACAAACAGGGACCAAAGCCAGCUUUAUCUAAAGAAAUGGUGUGGAAUUCUAAACAAUUUCGAGUUUUGGUCGAUAUGGGCUAUAAGAAAGAUGAUGUUGAAACAGCUUUAAGGAACCGAGAUAUGAAUAUGGAAGACGCUUUGGACAUGUUAAGUUCAGUACGUGGUGGCAACAUAGACAGUUGGAGGACGCGCCACGAGGAUCACUACGAUCACCAAGGAGCUGCCCCAUUUCCUGGACAACGCUUUCCGAAUGGUCCUUCGGGACAAAUGCCUUUUCCUCCUGGCAAUAAUGCACCUAAUUUACUAAGCAGUAUGGGCAGUGGAUCAACAUCCAAUAAUUGUUCAAUUAAUAACAUUACAAAAAUGAUACCUCAAAGCGGAGGAAACCAGAGCUUUGGUAGCACAAGUUCCGGACGCACCAUACCACCACAAUCGACACCGACAUCUCAUCAACUACGACUGCUAGUCCAACAGAUACAAAUGGCUGUACAAGCUGGUUACUUAAACCACCAGAUACUCAAUCAACCUCUGGCUCCUCAAACUCUUGUACUACUCAAUCAGUUGUUGCAACAAAUAAAGAACUUACAACAAUUACUCACCCAACAGUCGGUGGCGCAAUCGCAAACGCUGGGAGGAAAGCCAAGCAACAUACUUCUCCAAUGUUCCGUUCUUAUAACGAAAACCAAACAGCAGAUUUCGAAUUUGCAGAACCAGAUAGCAGCUCAGCAGGCAAUUUACGUAAAGCAGCAACAGCAUAAUUUAACUGGUAAUUCGUCCGGCGGUCCGUCGGACAUUUUUAAGACUAAUCCGAUGCACGAUUCAAUAAACGCGUUGCAAGGAAACUUCGUUGAUCUCGGUAUUAAAGACUCCCAAAUAAGCCAACAGCAGUCGAGGCUGAACCAGUGGAAACUGCCUGCGUUAGAUAAGGAAGAAGGGGGAGAGUUCAGUCGCGCGCCCGGUUCAAUUUCCAAACCUCUGGCGCCGUCGAAUAGUUCUCCAAAUUUAAAUGGUUUGGGACUGACACAGCCCGAUGGUAUAAAUUUUUGUAGCCCUUGGUCUAGUGGCCGAUCGGCUGACACGGGAGGUUGGCCCGACGCCGGCGCGAACGAUCCCGUUGCAGAUAACAAAGAUGGUCAAUGGUCGACGUCCACGCAGCCAUCUCUUACAGACUUAGUACCUGAAUUUGAACCUGGCAAACCUUGGAAGGGCAACCAAAUGAAAUCUAUCGAAGAUGAUCCUAGUAUUACUCCAGGUUCAGUAGUGCGUUCACCUCUCUCUAUCGCCACCAUAAAAGAUACCGAACUGUUCAACAUGAAUUCGAGUAAAAACUCGCCACCCGGCGGAGACUCGAUUCAACCUCUUAGUCUUAGCUCGUCAACGUGGAGUUUUAAUCCUCCGGCGACAACUCCCAGUGCGUUUACUAGUCCUCAAAAUAAAUUACCUGCAAGCAAGGGAUCUUUGGGUGAUCCCAAUCCGUCGACGGCGGUUACUUCUGAGCUAUGGGGAGCUCCGAAAUCACGUGGUCCUCCCCCUGGCCUUGCGACUAAAGGUGCUUCUGGUCUUAAUGGUUGGACUAUAAGUUUAGGUUCGGCGUCUUGGGCUGCUCAACGUAGCUCCGGCAAUUGGGGAUCGUCGCCUUGGCUGCUACUGCGUAAUCUAACCGCUCAGAUUGAUGGUUCUACGCUUCGUACGUUAUGUAUGCAACAUGGCCCUCUUCAAAGUUUUCAUUUAUAUCUGCAUCAAGGAUUUGCACUCGCCAAAUAUUCGUCUCGUGAAGAGGCUACAAAGGCACAAACCGCCCUCAACAACUGCGUGUUGGGCAAUACGACAAUCUUAGCCGAAAAUCCUACAGACUGGGAGGCGCAAUCUUUGCUGCAACAAGUCGCGUCGCAGGGCGGCUCCUCGGGCGGCUGGAGAAGUACAAAUAAACAGCCCGCGACCGCCGGCGAUACGUGGAGCACGGGCUGGCCGAAUAACCCGUCGACGACGAGCCUAUGGGGUUCCGGCACGUUGGACAAUAGCGAUCAGUCGAGGGCGACGCCAUCUAGUUUAAACUCUUUCCUGCCGGGAGACCUACUGGGCAGUGGUGAGUCAAUGUAAUUGUCGACAAAGUUUAUUUGAAAGAGUGGAUUACAAUGCACAUAUUUCGAAUUUUAAACUAUUAAACUAUAGGUUUAAGUGUUUUAAAUAUUAUCUUCGUAACAGAUAUUUAUUGAUUGUAUUAUUUAAUGAUCUUUUAUUGUUACAACUUUGUGUAUUUAAUUUUAUGGUGAUUUAGAAUUGUUUUAGAAUCGUACAUUUUUUUGUUUAAUUUUUGAUUUUCGCAGUGACGUAAAAUCGCAUGCCAUUAUAAGUGAUUUCUUUUAUUAUAUUAUUAUAUAUAUAUUGUAGUUGUGUAGUGGUAAUUUUUAAUUUUCCUUUCUUUAUUUGCGUUUUUACGUUGCUACCGACUAUCAAUUCUACUAAGUAUUAGUAAGCACUUAACGCAACUGUGUUAUGCAAACAUUAACGUGACUUAAGCUUCAAUAUUCCAAAUUCGAAGGAUACAGUUUACUGAUAAUAAGCUCAACUGCGAAUUGUGUGACAUUUCCCUAACGUAACCCGAACUAGUCCCAUUAAUACAAGAUUUUGUGACCAAAAGUAAUAUCCUCUAUUUAUUUGAAACAUUGCGUACAUGUUGAAUUGUUUUUCUGAUCAUAGAUAUUCCUAUCUUUGUAUAUAAAUGUUGAUAAUUAAGGUACCUAAGUUGUUUGUAUGUGUUUGUUUUCCCAGUGUGGCCGGUGCGUUGCGUUUAUAUACACACUUUUUUUUUCUCUAAAGUCGUGGUAGAACCGUAAAGUACAAAAUGCUCCAAUCAAAAGUUGUCAUUUUAUAAUUGUGAUAUUUCCGUUGACAAAUUUUAUUCAAUUUUCGCUUAAAUUUGCACUGUAAAGUAAUGAGACUGAUGUAUUAACUGAAUAAUAGUGCAAUGUUACAACCAAAUACUUUGAAACUAUCAAUUUCUCCCCUGUUUGCUUUUGGUGCGUCAUGGUCACUGUGUAAUUGUUUAAAAUUGGUUAACCGCCAUUAAUUUAGAUACUCGUUAGUGCCACGAAUUUUGAAUGUGAUGUUGUGUACGUAAACGUAGCGGUGCACCAUACUUUGUUAACCCCACAAACCUGUGAUCUCCACUUUCUAAUAUCAAAAAAAAUACACAUACAAAAUGAUCAUAUUUUGUUAUAUAAUUCAUUGCGAAAUCGCCUAUUAACGAGGCGCAGCUAAGGAUAACAUAACACCACACAAUCAAAUUAGACUGCACACAAGUAUUCUUAAAUAAAAUUAGUAAUAAACACUUUAAAUAAUAGCCGAUAAUAUAUCGUUUCUAGUUUAAGCUAAAAAAUUAUAUAUAUAAAUUUUAUUAUAAUGUCUGUAUUCUAUGUACUUUGUAUAUUAGCCAUAGAUUCUUGAAUAUGUUUAUAAAAUAAUAGUCCAUAUGUAACUGUGAUUAGUUCGUACGUGAAAUUGUACUACCUUCGAGCAAAUUAUAAAAUUACACUAUUAUUUCUAGCAAAAAAGAAAGAAGCAAUCGAUAUUUAUAUAUACGAAUAUAUUUUUGUUUCGCGAUAGUAGUAGUAAUUUCACUAUGAAUUCCUACAAUCACAUUGUGUUAUUGUGGUGUUCAUCAAAAAAUCGAUUCAUCUAUAGCUAAAAAGGUGUGAAUGUUUGCGAAAUGUGGGCGGCGGCUGAUCGACUUUGUUACGCACGCGUGCGCAGUUAAUCGACGGCGGACGGACUUUGACAAUGUAGAAUCAAUGAACUAAACGUACUUCCAUCUAGUCCAUAUGUAAUGAAGUUGGGUGUCGCGGUCCGUCGCGCCGGUGUUACCAAUCUGUUUCUAGUGAAAAGACUGAUUAAAAGAUCUUAAAUCCGCGGCGCGCGCGCACGUCGAGCGUCGAUAUUUUUUUAUGUACAAAUAUAAGCGUGCGUAACAAUUUGCGAAAACCGGCCUCUCAGACACUGACUCUUCUGUCGAAAUUUCAUUGAAAUCGAAAUGAUAUAUUUCUAUGAAGUUGACGGUAGUUUUAAGGUUUACCUACAGGUUAUGAAAAUUAACAUAUGUAUUUAAUGUACACAACUGUGCUGUGACUAUUAAGUGGCUUUUUAAUUUUUAAAAAUAUUUAAAAAAACGCAAAAAAAAAAAUCGUUUUAAAGAGCUCUUGUUUUAAAGCUUUGUUAGCUUUUUCUAAACGUUGUAUUUUGCAAGUUUAAUCACUCUUACCCGUUUAACUUUUUUGUUUUAUAAUCGGCGGCGGUUGUUGUGGUCCAUGUAACCUACGGUAUAUUAUAUAAAUCAUAUCUUACAUAAGUCGUUAAUUGCUCUAUCGGUUCGUUUAUCGUGGAAAAUUGUGGAAAAAUGACGGUAAUUGUAAUUAACAUGCAAAAUACAGUGAAUGUAUGGUGCAAAAUAAGGCUAUAUAUCGGGAGGUAUGAAUUCACUGCUUUAAAAUUACAAGAAAGAAACGCUUUACCUUGGCCUCUCGGAUAGCCUACUUGUGAGUUCCAUAGAGUUUCUAAAAAUCUAGUAUCUUAUUGCCAAUUUGUAGUAUGUGUACGUAUAUUAGACUAGUAUUUACGAUAUUAUUUAGUAUUUAAGGUUUUGGUAGUUGGGAAUUCUUGUUGUGUAUUGCUUAUAUUUGACAGCCAAUUCUGAAUGUUUUUUCAUGCCUUACACUGAACAUCUCUCGGUUUGCCGCUUGCGGUUUAUUCGUUGGCCUGGUAUUACGAUUUUUGUGAUGCAUAAACGGAAAGGUUUAACGGGAACUAGAUACACGUGCUUUAAAAAAAAAACAAUAGAAUAGUUUCGUGGCUUCCUAACCGCGAGUGUGUUAGGGAAUGACGAUGUUUUCGUUUGCGUUCACGACGGGGCACGGAUUCGAAUAAAACGUCUGGGACAAGUAAGACGACGACAAAAAAAAAACACACAUACUAACAGUAGUAUAUAGUACUUGUACCAAAAGCUAUAGAGAAUUGUUUUAUUUUUAUUUAGAUCUUCUGAUAGGCUAUUUUUAAUAAUUGUAGCUUAAGGUUAAAUACAAAAAACAAUAUGGAGAAAGAAGGUGGUUGCAGGUUUGAAAUUACACUUAUCGGGACAUUUCGCUGAACCCUAACCUAGUUUUACCACGACACUGUGCGACCACCGAAUUUUUUAAUUGUGAUUACCUACAUAUUUAAUAAGUGGGUAGAGAGUAUGAUUUUUGCCUCUCUCUCUCUCGUAGCGAGAUGUGGAAUACUUGACUAGUAAAUAAUCUAUGUCUGACAUCGUGUACCUUCAAAAAAUGUAGUUUAAUAUACUGUUUAUUUAUGAAAUCGGAAAAAUCGAAAAAAAAAGAUAGGUUAAGUUAAGCUCAGCUUAUCCCGAUAUCUAUAUAAUGAUAGGGUAGAUUGUGCACAAUAACAUUCACUACUGUGGCCUCUGGCUUUAUAAUCACUUACUCGUGUCAAUUUAAUUUGAUGUCCGAUUCACAGGCACAUUUAUCAUUUAGAAACUACCGUUUAUGCUCGACUAAUUAUCUUUGCGUGACGGAUUGAAUACGUAAAAUUAACCAAACGCCAAUUUGAUGCGAAAAGAUGUAGGCAACGUAGUAUUUGAUUUAGAUUUUACAGUAUUUGUGAUCCAAGUGCCACUUGUGUUUCAAGUAUAUAUAAUCAUCGCCACUAAAACUAUAUAUCUUAUAAUUAAUAGAAAUAUAUAAUAUAUGAACCUUAACAUAAAUAUAUGUAUUUAGAUGGCAUAUCUGCCUUAGUGUAGGAAAUAAAACUUGGUGUUCUGUAGGUUUUAAGGUGUUAUUUACUUGAGCUUACGGAUCUUUAUCAGAGCAAUUUUGAGUAUUUUAAUAUGUUCAGUUGUAAGUAAAUAUCCUAUAAUUUUAUUUACAGUAUCGGCAAAUCAAGACUGACAAAAAUAGUCUGGUUCCUAAAAACAGCUCAAGGACAUACUCAAAUUUUUAUUCUUCAGAUACACGUACUAAUUUUAUCUAGUCUACUACCGGUAACUUAAUUUACAUCACGAGAACAUUUUUACAACUAAAUGUAUUAAAAAUCUUGAGCCGUAAAAAGAGUCCAUUGUAUAUUAUUAAUAUAGAGAUGGCAAUAGUAGGAGUCCACAAUGUUGUAUCGAUUGGCUGUUUGUUGUAUAAAUUAAGACUUUUCGUAUGCCAAAGUUUAAUGUGUGUUGGAAUGCUCCUCAUUUUUUGAACCAUAUCAAUAAGUAAGCCGACGUGAUGCAAAAUUAUGCUUCUCGUCGUAAAUUCUGUGUUACGUUUCGGAAAUAAAAAAAUUAGGGCCUUUUUAAAGACAAUUAUUAACCUAGUGUGACAUUGCAUCUACUUUUAUAUAUUCGAAUCACUAAAGAGAUUUUUUCGACAUCUGUCAUACUUUUUUAAAACCCUCUAUCGAAGUCGACACUUCGAAAUGGUUAAAGUCUGCCAAAUAACCAAUCUAAAUUCGUAGUUUUGUAGAUUCAAACGAACGCUAUUUAAUAUACAUAAUCUUGCGCAAACGGGGAAGCUAUAGUUUUUUUCUUCUUUCGAUGAUUCAUAUCUUCUCGAGUGAUGUACUUAAUUAAAUCUUAAAUUCUCCUCGACACUGUCAAAAUUUUAACGUUUUUUGUUAAAGCAGUGAUGUGACAAUAACGUUUUAAAACGAGUAGGGUUUGGUAUAGUACAAGAAAAUUUCAAAAAUACCGGCGGUGGAAAAUCAAUUCUUAAAAUUUGGACUAGAACAGCUACAUCACGAAAGUCGGUUUUUCACUUGUGGUCCGAUAUCGAUGGAAUUUUCCUGUACUACAGAUAGUCUAGUCAAGUAUUAAAAUGGAAUUUAAUUAACUUGACCUUCCCCCAAAUAUCAAUUACAGUCUCUUUAAAUUCGGCCAUAUUGAUCGAGGUAUAAAUUUGGUGUCGGUUGCUAUGCAGGUGGUUUUGCUCGUUCGCUUUUUUUGAAAUCAUUCAAAGGUACAUAAAUAACUAAUUUUUGCUGUCGCCGCUUGUGUGUUUUGAAUGGGAAAUGCAAUAACAAUGGAAAAUGUUUCCAAAUUUAAAUUUUUUAGAAAUGGAAAAAUCCGUUUUGUUUGUGAUAUAAGGUCAUGGAUUACUGAGAUUUUUGGAAGGCAAUAUUUAUGUUUUAGGAUCCCGGCUUGCUUGAUCUGAAAUAAAUUUUAAGCACAUCUUUACUUUUUAAAAUCUAAGAUGGCCGUGACAAAUGAGAAAAAAAUGUUAUGUUGAAGUAAAAGUGCCAUUUCGGUCAAUAAUACGGCAAACUGUUAUUAUGAAAAGUUGUUUAGAAUAUGAAAUUAUGUCCUUUAAACAGUAUUUGUUUUGUAGUCCACAACUCAAACACUGAUUUAAUCAAAGUGAUCCAAUAUUUGUGAAAUUUUUUAUAUUCUAAACAACAUUUCAUAAUAACACUUUGGUGUAUUAUGAACCUCAACAUAAAAUUUUUUUUCUAAUUUGUCACGGCCAUCUUGGAUUUUAAAAGGUAAAAAUGUGCUUAAAAUUUUUUUCAGAUUAAGCAGGCCAUGAUCUCAAAAAAUCAAAUGAGAUUCAAAAUUUUUUAUCAAUUGCACGUAUAGUAUUAGAUACAGUUGUAUGUUUUUUGAAAAAUUCAUUCUGAUAUAACGAUUGCAAGCAAUGUUAAUAGUGAAACCACUUCUGGGCACCAUACCUGUACACAUCCUGUAUAGCUAAACCGAACGAAAUUUUUAUCUCGUGACCCGAUGGCAUUUGCAUCUACAUUUACUUACAACGAGUUGUUUUUUUCCGUUUUCGAUCAUCAAAUAGAGACCAUAAUAAUAAUUCACGCGCGCGCGCUUUUUAAGCUUAUAGUUGGUAGGUGCGUCAUUCACCAUUUUACGAUUACCAAACUAUGUGCCUCUGACUGUAACGUCAUAAAAACAACACUGAAUACCGAACACUUCCUGAUCGUGGCUUGCUGGUCUUCAGUUGCCCUAAGUGAUUGUACAGACCUGAGCUUAAUGUUUAAAAAAAAAACCGAGUGUAUUAUCGCGUAUUUAAUUGGAAAAUGAAUCUUGAAGAAAAAUAAUCCGUGGUGCUGUAAACGUUGGUUAGGGCCAGUCGAUUAGUAUUUUUGCAAGCUUUUCUCAAGAUUAACGUUAUCAAUUAAAUAAGAGCCUAGGAGUAUUUAAAGUUAAUUUUAGCGGUCCGAUAACAAAAAAAAAAUAAAAAUAAUUGUGUCUGAUUCUAAGUCGUAAUGGUUGGUGGGUAAUUAGAGUUAGGUUUCGUAUCCAGUGACUUAAGAUAGCGGCAGCAUUUAGUCAAUAUUUGUAUUACGUGUAGCUUAUAGUCGUUUUGUGUUGUCACGUGCAAUACUUCUUUUUAGUAUUAUUUAAACUGUACGCUUUCUAUCUCGAUCAUUUUUUUUGUGUAGUCAAAAUUUCGUUGCGUACUCUUGCCAUCUUGAUUGGAAAAAUCAAAUGCAACUUGUCAAUGCAUACCAAAGACAAUUGUAGUGUCAUAUUUUAUUUUUAUUCUUCAAUUCCCGCCAAAAUCUUCCAGCCGAGGUUGUGAUAGUGUUUUUAGUAUUUAAUUUUUGUGUAGAAUUUGGCAAGGACAGAAAGUGCUUAUGUUAACAACAGCAUCUGGCUUUCGUUUCUCUCCUAAUCUUAAAUUUGUAAUACAGUGCCUUUUAUUUUUUAUCGUAGACCGGUCGUUAGCAUGUGCAAAUCAGCGGGUCUACUUAAUAUCGGUAGCAUUUUCAUCGUAGAAGUGUACAUUAAUUGCAGGGUGUAAAUCGUAUUAAACGAAACUAUUUUCGCAACGUAAGCAUUAACUGUCGUGAUCUGUGUAUUACUUUAGAAGAAGUUUUAGCACAAACAGAAGUGCCUCUAAAUGUGCAAUUUAAUCACGGGCCUGACAUUUUAGACAGGGUUUCUAAAACAUUAAGACCGGGUGUAUUUUUAAGAGACAGUAACGUCUUUUGCCCCCUUUCACCCCAGUUGUACAAAUUUUAAUUAUUAAUAACUUAGCCCUACAUUUUGAAAAAUGACACUUAAAAUUUAUAAAAAUAAGGUGUUUUUUGAUUCGAUAGUAUGUCGAUAUCUCCGCACUAAUCUGCCAUUUUGACGUCAAUUUCGUGACGGGUAGGCAGGCGAGUGUAGAGAUUUUCAGUCCUUAUUUAGUUUGUUGAUCUCAACAGAGAUUAAGCUAGCUGGAACUGCCAACUGUAAAAAGAUAUAUUGAAUUUAUGUAUGUCUUAUAUAAAUAAAAGAAGAUUAUAUGUAGAUUAAAUGUAACAUAACGCUACGUUUCACGCCACUAACUCUAUAGGGGCAAGGCGCCCAAUGGUUAAGAUGCCUGGAAGUUAGAGUAGUUUGUUGUGGGGUUUAUACUGAAGGUUAGGCCCACUCUCUCAGGUUUUAAUAUAGUAGAUAUUCACUGUUUAGGCUUAAGUUACAACAAUCACUUAUUCUCAUUACGGCAAUAUUAAGGAUACUCUACAUUCCUUCCCAUAGGUAUUUUAAAGGCAGUGAUACACCUUUCUUGAUUAUUCCGCACGUACUCGUUCGGUUGCGAAAUGCCAAAAGUAGAGAAAAUUUGCACACUUUUUGCCUUCUGUGUAUAACAGGCGUUUGUUUUUAGAGUACAACAUUUGGCAACAUUACAUCGUUGUGUUAUCGCGAAAGAAAAUGCCUUAAACUGACAAGUAGCGAAGCUCUCUCUUUCCUCUCCCUAUUUAACGUAGUUUUACGCAUUUAGGUUAUCUCUAGAAUAUGCCAUGAAAUGGCGAGUAAGACUGUAGGGGAUACCAGGUGAUUGAAUUUGCUUAUCCCGGUGGUCGCACGGCCACCGUUUAGGGAGGCAACUUCAACGUUUCGUUUAGAAAAUAAGAAUUUUUGCACAGUGAGAAAUUAAAAAAGAACAUGUAGGUCCAUAUGUGAAAGGUGCUCUUAAAGUUAGCCGCUUAAUUUUAAUAAUUGUUUCGGUUGUUUGCCAAAAUGUCGAAUGAUUUCAGUAAAAAAAAUAAAAGACAGUAUUAAUUUGACCUCAUCAUCCGAAAAAGUCUUGUGAUUACUUAUGGUCUCGGUCGCCAUUAGUAUUGAUGAAAUUUUUGUAAUAGUAUUAUCACUUUUCAUUGACGCGUUUAAAAGAAGAGUAUCAAAGUUUACGUGCCAAAAUUGCUAGAAAAUUCUUGCUCAUAGCGGCCUUGCGAAGGUUUUGUGGGCCGCAUACGCUUAUAUGCUGUGUAUAUUUAAUAUUUAAUGCAAUAUAUGUGUAUAUUGGCUGAUAAUUACAAAGCUCUGUACAAUUGUUAUGAUUUCAUAGUAUAUAAUAUAUAAAAACAUACUUAAGAUAAGUUUAGAGUAUACAUAAGGUAAACCUCUAGGUGUAAUAAGCGUAUUUAUUCAAAAAAUAUCGGACCGUAAAAUUUGCUUUAACAUACUCGGGCGUUAAUUACAAAGACUUGAAAUUAGACACCUCCCGUUUUAUUCCUUUGUUUUACUUUGUGAAAGUCUAGUUUUAUAAUUGCAUUCGUUAUUCCCUUGCAUACGUUUAGAGUUAGUCGUUAGGUUUUGGGUUAUUAGCUUUAAGUUUGUACUAUAAACGUGUUCAUUUUUAACACUUAGUGCAUCUGUGCCUUUUUUGUUUUGUUAUGGAUCGUAUACAAUUGAACACCGAGAUUAUACAGUUACCAUUAUUCAAAUUUGAAAAUUGAAGCGGCAUUUUUUUACCCACUUUUCGUUCGAACGGUGUUACGUAAUUGUAACCGAUGGCCUAAACAGUUCCCUCCUAACUCUAGUCCAGUUAAUGCCUGAAUAUUCCAAUUAGUAGCAUUUUAAUUUAAUAUUAUAAUAUUGCGUUGUUAAAAAACUAAAAAAAAUAAUGUGAAUAUUUCUUACAAUCAUUAAAUGUUAAGCAAUCGACGACGUAUUGAAAUUAUCAGAGAGGUUUUUAACCUUAACUUCUUCCAAAUGUAUGUUCCUUUAUUUUUGAGACUCGCCUAUAAAAUGACUGUGUCUACCUUAACGAUUACCUGCACUUUUUAUGGUUGUGUUUGAAUAAAGAAAUUUAUUUUCGUUAAUUAAAUAUUUAUACGUUACGAAGAAAUGUAAUCGAAUACUAAUGGCAAUAUUAAAUUAAUUUCGUUCCCUUAUAAUUAUCAGGUUUUAAAAUGUGAUAACCUUGACAAUUUUUAAGAAUAUUAUCUUAAGCAUCACUUCCCGAAGCAGGUUGAUCACGCAAGUUUGAUAUUUUUGUACGACUAACUACUACACGGUCUUAAUCAAGUUUCGUUUCGCGAACGGAUUACACGUUUAAAUGAAGCAUUGACUUUGUUGCACCCGAUCUGACUUGGUAGAUGAGAGACAAUUUGCGAAUCUCGUAAAAGCCAAUGCUUCGCUGUGUACGAGGGAGGGUAUACUCAGGGGACCAGGCCAAAUUGUCACGGU